CGUAAAGAGUAUUAUGAUUCGGUUAAUGGUGAGUAUUAUGAGGAGUAUACUUCUUCUUCGUCGAAGCGGAGGAAAGGGAAGAGUGGUGAUAGUGGUGGUAGUGAUAGGUGGAAUGGGAAAGAUGAUGAGAAAGGUGAGAGUUCGAAGAAGGUGAAGUCGUCUAGUGAGAAGAGUAGUAGGAGGAGAGAUGAUGGGGAUGGUGAGGAGACGAAGAAGAGUAGUGGUAAGAGUGAUGGGAAGCAUAGGGAGUCUAGUAGAAGGGAGAGUAAGGAGUCUGAGAAGGAGAGGGAGAGGGAGAAAGAUAGGAAGUAUAAAGAAGGGAAAAGUGACAAGCUUUAUGAUGGUGAUGAUCAUCAUAAAUCUAAAGGUGGUUCUGAUAAAACUGAAUCAAAAGCUCAGGAUCAUGCAAGGAGUCCUGGUACGGAAAAUUAUACUGAGAAGCGAUCAAGGCGUAAGAAGGAUGAUCAUGGUGCUGGAGACAAGCAUCAAGAUAACAGUGAUGAUGUUGGUGAUAGGCUUGAUGACUACAUUAAAGAUGGAAAGCAAAAGGGAGAGAAAAGAGAUAAGUAUCCGGAAGACAAGGAAGAAGACAUCAAACAGAAAGGUGACAAGCAGAGAGAUGACCGACCUACCAAAGAGCAUCCUAAGUCUGAUGAAAAGCUCCUCCGAGAUGAAAGUAAAAAAAAAUCUAAAAUUCAGGAUACUGACCAUGGUCAUGAGCCUGACAGUGAACUUGAAGGAUAUCAUGACCGUGAACGCCAUAGAGACUAUGAGAGAGAAAGUGAUCGAAAUGAUCGGGACCGCGAACGA